UGUAAUUUUAUCGAGAUCAAAUGCUUUCAGCCAUCCGCGUGUCAAAUGGAUCCAAUAUACAGUAGCGAACAGUAUAAAAAAUUCAAGGUAAUUGUUGUAAACCGCUUGUGGGUAAUAUUUCCGUGUGUUGCAACAUUCAGCACCUGUAAGUAACCACAAGAAGAUCUAAACCUUUUGUCAAGCCAACGCAAUUGCGCCGCCCACGUGCCAAUCAACUAAAGGUUGCAUAAAUUAAUUUGCAACCUGGACGAAUAAAUGCCUUCUCGAAACAAAGAAUGAUUCAAGGAUGUACGGCCGGAGAUUCAAACUUAUAUUCUUCUCUCACUCGUUUCAACUUUCUUCACGCAUCACUUAUUACUGUGUGUGUACUUUCUGUGAAGCCAUGGUAUUUUCUGUUGAAUUCUGUUAAUUUUGAUGGUCGGGAGGCGAGGAGCCUGCAGGUUAAGACCUCAAGUAAUUUGACAUAUUGAAGCUUGAUAUGAUGUUUUACUUUGGAUUAACAGGAGAUGCAUUAAUCUGAAAUCAGACUGGUGAUUGUUUAGCCAAGUAUCCUUUGAAAGGCCUAGAGUGCAAGCAUUUAGGUUUAUGGAAUAAGCACCGAAUAUGGUAUGUGCUUGAAGCAAGCAUUUUGCAAUAGUGGAGGUCCAAGGACAAUAAAUUGUGAGGGAAUUGUUGAUAUGAACUCAACAAAUUAUAUAGCUCGAGGUAAACAUAAUUUGAAGUAAGUGCUGUUAUUUGAUACACACAUUUUAGAGAAGACAGGUAGCAGGUUUGGAAUUUCAGGAUAUAGUGUUCCCAUUUGUUAGGAACAGUGGUUCUGCACUAUGACAGCAGUGCAAAGGCUUUAUGAGAUCUGUAAGGCAUCAUUUACAUCCAAUGGUCCAAGAUCUCCAGAGAUCCUACAAAAUGUUCAUGAUGUUUUAGAUACUAUCAAGCCUUCUGAUGUUGGACUAGAAGAGGCGGCACUUGUAGCACAUCGAUGGAGUGGUUCUUCACAUGGAGUUAAUGGAAGGAGGGGGCGCAAUGGAAGCCCCAGAUAUUUCUCUCCAAUUACUUACCUUCAUAUACAUGAGUGUGAAAAUUUUUCAAUUGGUAUUUUUUGUAUGCCUGUUUCAUCUGUCAUACCCCUCCACAAUCACCCUGGCAUGACCGUGUUGAGCAAACUUCUUUAUGGUUCAGUGCACGCCAAGGCUUAUGAUUGGAUUGAUCCAUCUGAGGUUUCAGAUUCAUCAAAAGGUCUUUCAAAAGCAUACAAUAGUUGCUGGUGGGACUGCAUGGCAUUCGUGGAGGACAUUUUCUUUGGAUUUCAAUCAAAAUUAGCGAAGCUGGUUAAGGAUUGUGAAAUGUCUGCACCUUGUGACACUACUAUUCUCUAUCCAACCUAUGGUGGAAAUAUACAUUCUUUCAGGGCAUUGUCACCAUGUGCCCUUCUUGAUGUACUUGCACCUCCAUAUUCCACAGAGGAGGGCAGGCAUUGUACAUAUUAUCGGAAAUCUUUCAGAAAAGUUCCUUCUGGUCUGCAAGUUGAAGGCAUUAAUAUUCCUGGUCAUCAACUGGCCUGGUUAGAAGAGUAUCAACCUCCAGAAGAUUUUGUAGUGCAGAGAGGACUGUAUAAGGGUCAAAAAGUCGUGCUUUGAUUUUCUUGGAGAUCAUUCACUAUCUGUCUACCAUUCGAUUUGUUAGAUUCCCAAGCACAGAAAUCCCUUAGUUGCAAGCUACAUUCAUUUGAUUCUUGCAGGAACUGAAGGCAGGAACAUAGUAUAGCACACAGUGUGUGGGAGGCAUUCGUGCAUUGUGAACUUUCGUAUCUGUGCCUAGUGCUGAAUAGGCAAGAAAAUAUAUUAAGCUGUAAAUAUAUAUUUGUUAUGUUAUUUCCUUGUACUUUGAAGAGCAUUAAUUAAUAUGCUAUUUAAGUGGAUGCGGGUCUUUCUAAACAUGUCCAUUUGAUUGUAUAUCUUUGUUUCAGUUUAAGCACAAAACUGAAAAAUCCAUGUAGAUCUUUUGUGCGGUAGAGAUAGGAAAAUAUUUGUGGCUGUAUUUGUAGCAAGUCUUUCUAUUAAGUUAUUAACUAUUACUAGAUUCAAGUUC